CACGGGCAAGACCUGGUACUCUGCUGACAGGCCUACGGAGUAUUACUGCCCUAGCGCUGGCCAUAAACGGUUCUCCCGGCGUUCCUGGUGAGUUCUGGUAGAGCUGAAAGCGGGAUGCUUGAUUGACUGGUUGACAGACUUCUGGCACGACGCCCCCUCCUGUCUCCAAACAUAUGCAGAGCAGAUCAGUCUCAAACCCAAUUUACUUUUCUCUCGAACUUCCUCAUGCCUCCUCCACCGCAUCCUGAAGCUGGCGCGCUCCUCCGGCCAACCCACGUCCUCUCAAGCCUCCACGGCGCAUUACAGACUCUGGCCGCAAGUUCCCUCUCGAUACUAGCAACACUCGUCCUAGUCACUGUCCUCCUAGGCUGUAUAAGAUGGGCACUGCUCCAACAUCUCCAAAGAAAAAGAAAGAAAGCCAGAAUCACACCAGCGCCACCAGAAAAACGCCCCGCCCCACCACUAUUACCAGCGCCCUCAUCACUGCCAACAUCACGCCCAGCAGUCACCUUCAAACCAAUCUAUCCAUGGACCUCCCCGCCCCAGCCUCUCCCAGGCCCAUAUGACCCCCGGCUGUACCCAGCGCCCACCCUGCGGCGCCACUCCUACCCCGACCCGUCCCCGCCCCCAGCGACCACCACCACCACGACGCUGUCGUACACGCGCCGCGUCUCGACGAACAGCAUCCCUCCACGACAUGCCGCCGUGCUCCACGGCACCAUCACGACGGCCAGCGCGGGCGCCACCCGCGGCUGGCGCCGCAACCACUGGGUCGUCGGCGGGGCUGGCUGA